AUGUACAUACACACAGACACAUGUACAUACCUACACAGACACAUGUACACACAGACACAUGUACAUACAUACACACAUGUACACACACACAUACACGCAGGCAUAUGUAUAGAUACACACAUGUACAUACACACAGACACACACACACACCUCUAUAAAAAGUUGCAGUACUUCGUUGUUCACUCACAGAGCCGGGUACUGCACUCUAGGGGGAGGCAGAGAACACAGCACAAACUCCUUCCUUUGCUAUCACUGCGCUCAGCUAUUGAGCAGUCUGACGGCUCCCAGUGCCAAAGACAGUGCCUGAGUUCCAAGCCUGCUCAGCAAGAUGGCCCUGGGGACACACUCACCCCCACCAUAAUUUCCACUCGUCACUGGCAAGCAGGCGAGUGGAAAUUUCAAGGCCUGGUU